UGCUCAGGAGGCCAUUUUGGCUCCACGGUGGCUGGUUUCGCACGCAGUGAGUUGGGCGGCUCUCAUGCAGACAAACAUCGGCUGAGUCCCGUUCAUUCUGGCAUGAUUAAAACUCACACAUUCGCCGCAUAUACUGAGUGAAAGCGCCCGUGCAGGCAUGUGGAUCAUCCCGGAGGAGGUGUUACUGGCCAACGCGCUGUGGGUGAGCGAGCGGGCGAACCCUUAUUUCAUCCUGCAGAGGAGGAAGGGACACGGGCGCGGAGGAGGCUUCACGGGUUUGCUGGUGGGUACGCUGGAUGUGGUGCUGGACUCGAGUGCUCGCGUGGCUCCGUACAGGAUCCUGCACCAGACGGGGGAGUCACAGAUCUUCUGGAAUAUUGCUUGUGGCUCGUCUCGUAAGGAGAUCACUGAACACUGGGAGUGGCUCGAAACAAACCUACUGCAGACUCUGUCCAUCUUUGACAAUGACGAUGACAUCACCACCUUCGUCAAGGGAAAAAUACAGGGCAUCAUCGCUGAAGAGAAUAAAAGUGGCAAAGCUCAGGAAGACGAGGAUCCUGGGAAGUUCCGUGAAGCCGAGCUGAAGAUGCGGAAGUUGUUCGGAAUGCCGGAGGAAGAGAAGCUGGUGAACUAUUACCCCUGCAGCUACUGGAAGGGCAGAGUCCCGCGGCAGGGCUGGAUCUACCUGUCCGUAAAUCACCUCUGCUUCUACUCCUUCCUGCUGGGAAAAGAGGUUUCGCUGGUGGUGCAGUGGACAGAUGUCACACAGUUGGACAAGAACGCCACGCUGGUUUUCCCCGAGAGCAUCCGUGUGAGCACACGCGACACAGAGCACUUUUUCUCUAUGUUCCUCAACAUCAACGAGACCUUUAAACUGAUGGAGCAGCUGGCCAACAUCGCCAUGAGACAGCUGCUGGACAACGAGAGCUUCGCCGCCGACCGCACGCUCCCCAAACCCUGCAAGACCCUCAAAAACGUCUCUGCGCUCAAGAGGGACUUGGAUGCACGAGCAAAGAACGAGCGGUACAGAGCGCUGUUCCGGCUCACACAGGACGAGCGUUUGGAUGGACACACCGACUGUACACUCUGGACGCCAUUCGCUAAGAUGCAUGUCGUCGGUCAGAUGUUUGUUUCUAACAACUACAUCUGCUUUGCCAGUCGAGAGGAAGAUCUGUGUCAACUUAUCAUUCCCCUGAGAGAGGUGACUAUAGUGGAGAAAGCGGACAGCAGCAGUGUUUUGCCGAGUCCACUGUCGAUCAGCACUAAAAACAAGAUGACCUUCCUGUUUGCCAACCUCAAAGACCGUGACUUCCUGGUACAGCGCAUCUCUGACUUCCUGCAGCGCACGCCUGACAGGCCAUGUGGCCUAAACACUCAAUCCGAGAAUCUCAGCCCAUGUACACCCCCCUCUCUGCCCUCAUCCCCUCCUGUCCUGGGGCUCGGAGAGAUGCCCCAAAACCAACACUACAGCCCCAGUCUGCCCACGGCCAAGAAGGGCCUACUGCAAAUCUACCAGCAGGACGUCCCGGAGGAGCUGGGGCCCAAAGUGACGAGAGAGAAGAUGAAAGAGGAAUCAUGGAACAUCCACUUCUUUGAGUUUGGCCGUGGAGUGUGUAUGUACCGCACGUCUAAGACCAGAGAGCUGGUUCUAAACGGGAUACCAGAGAGUCUGAGAGGAGAACUGUGGCUGCUGUUCUCCGGUGCUCAGAACGAGAUGGCCACACACCCGGAUUACUACGCCAGUUUGGUUGAGCAGGCGAUGGGUAAAUGUACUCUAGCGACAGAGGAGAUCGAGAGAGACCUGCACCGCUCCAUGCCUGAACAUCACGCCUUCCAGAACGAGAUGGGCAUCGCCGCCCUGAGACGCGUCCUGACCUACGCUUACAGAAACCCCAACAUCGGAUACUGCCAGGCGAUGAACAUUGUCACGUCUGUGCUGUUGUUGUAUUGUACUGAAGAGGAGGCCUUCUGGCUGCUUGUGGCUCUGUGUGAACGGAUGCUGCCCGACUAUUACAACACUAGAGUUGUAGGAGCGCUGGUGGACCAGGGCGUGUUUGAGGAGCUGACCCGCGAGUGUUUGCCGCUCUUGUACGAGCACAUGCAGGAUUUGGGCGUCAUCUCCACCAUCUCUCUGUCCUGGUUUCUCACACUCUUCCUGUCCGUCAUGCCUUUCGACAGUGCGGUGCUGCUGGUCGACUGCUUCUUCUACGAGGGCAUUAAAGUCAUUUUCCAGGUGGCAUUAGCUGUGCUACAUGCAAACAUGGAUCAACUUAUGUCCUGUUCAGACGAGGGAGAGGCCAUGACUAUUCUGGGCAGAUAUUUGGAUAAUGUAGUAAAUAAGCAGACCGUUUCUCCACCCAUUCCCCACCUUCAUGCCCUGUUGACCAGCGGCAACAACCCUCCGCCUGAGAUUGACGUCUUUGAGCUCAUUAAAGCGUCCUAUGAGAAGUUUGGUAGCCUGCGUGCUGAUGUCAUCGAGCAGAUGAGGUUCAAACAAAGGUUAAAGGUCAUACAGUCACUAGAAGACACAGCCAAGAGGAGUGUGGUGAGAGCGAUCAUGACAGAGUCUGCCUUCACUAUUGAGGAGUUGGAAGAACUGUUUGUUCUUUUUAAGGCGAAGCACAUCAUGAGUUGUUACUGGGGUGCGAGCAGCACCGCGGCGGAGCGGCACGACCCGAGUCUGCCAUAUCUGGAGCAGUACCGCAUCGACUGCGGUCAGUUCAUUCAGCUCUUCUCCGCUCUGGCGCCCUGGAGCUGCGGCCUUCACACCAACACGCUCUCCAGCCGACUCUUCCGCCUGCUCGACCAAAACAAAGACACUCUCAUCAACUUCAAAGAGUUUGUCACCGGACUCAGUGAGUGGAUGCAUUUACACCACAGCUUGUAGAUUGAUCGACUCAGAGUUUGAUUCGUGUGAAAGCUGUUACUGCUUCAGAUAAA